CCACCAUCCGCAUCUCCCUUCCGGCCCGCUCUUGCCUCCCGUCUCUAUCCCUCUCUUCCAUCCUUUCGCUUCUUUGUUGUGCUGGGCACGCCGAUUCAUCAGGACCGUACUUGUCGCUGCGCGACGCUUUCUCCCCUUCCAUUCCGCCCGUUCCGAUCAGUUCCCGGCACCCAGGCGAUCUCGAAUCAAGGCGUCUUCAUAUAUAGGACAAAGACAGCCCGGCUGUUGUCGUAGUCGCCUUCGAUCUUCGUCCUUCACCACCAUCUAAUCCUUGCCAUCAUCUAUCCUUCCUUCCCUAGCGACCCCGGGCUCCUUUUGCACACCCUCGUCACCUUCCCUCCAACCUCGUGCCUGCUACAUCUUGUUCAUCCGCCCUAUUCCACCCUGUCUCCACCAUCUUCAACCGAGCUCUGCGAUAUCUACCCUCCCCACGUCCACCAUGGCUUGUGCUGUUCCUGCAUCUUCAUCUGCCAUCAACACGGGCUUCACCAACUCGCAGCUGCGCCGGCAUCCGGCAAGCUUGCUGCCGAAGGUGACACACAAUGUCUCCUUACUCGAUCUCGUUAAGUGCCCCGUCUCCCGGGAGAUGGUUGUCUAUCUUGCCAACCAGGCUGCACACGUGAUCCAAUGCGGUCCUCCUCAACCCCUGGCCACCCCUCCUACCACUCCGACCAAGAGCAUCGCCAACGCCGAGGCUGACCCGGCAGGAAAGCUUGAGGUCAACGGCCUGCCGAGCCUCGAGACUUUCAUUGCCAUACUUGUCGAGAAGAGCAACGUACAGGUACCUACACUGCUUUGCACCCUCGUCUACCUGGACCGUCUCAAGUCACGGUUGCCACGGGUAGCAAAGGGCAUGCACUGCACUCGCCACCGUGUCUUUUUGGCCACGCUCAUUGUAGCAGCCAAGUACCUUAACGACUCUUCACCGAAGAACAAGCACUGGACUAAGUACGGUGCAUUGUUCUCACAGGCAGAGGUCAACCUGAUGGAGAAGCAACUGCUCUAUCUACUCGACUACGAUCUUCGCAUCGAAGAGGAGGAGCUUCUCAUCCACUUUUCGCCGUUCUUCCGACGGUACGAAGAGCCAGUAGACGCUGGCAGACGCGAGAUGUACCUUCGAGGCGUCGAGGCUGGUCGUGAGCGCGAGCGCUACGCCCGGGCGAGCGAGCGCCGUGUGCAUUUCCGACGCCUCCCCGCCUCUGAAGUUCCAUGCUGGAACCAACGUACACCAGAGCAUGCCGAGAAGCCAUCGAUGAUGCAGCCACCGCAGAAUGCACCACCGUCGCCGUUGUCACCGAGUCGCAACUCGGCGUACCGCUCGACCAACAACAGUGUCGACAGCAUGUCAUCUGCAGCAAUGACGCGGCAUCACUCGAUCGACUCGACAGCCAGCUCAUCUUCUGCGUCAUCAGAAGCAGAUCUUACGGAUGACAAUGGCUCUUCCUCAUCCUCUGCGGAGGAUUAUGACGAGUAUGAUGACGAAGAUGACUACGACGAACGCAUCGAGGAGCGUCUCUCGCGGCAGCACGUUGCCGCCGUUGAAGCUGACGGUGCAAACCACCAUGCUACCGCCAUGCAGCUGGAAGAUGUCGACAAUAGCAAGGUUCACGGCGCGAUGCACCGGUACCUCGUCAACGCGAUCCCAGCAGGCCUGCGCAAGAAUGUUGAGCAGCCGCCAACGAUGGUGAACCCUCAGAGCAUGCGCAGCGUUCGCAGCAGCUCGAACCUCUUUUCACGGAUGCUCGGUACCGGCAACAACCAAGUUUACUGAAGCAUUCGCAAUGAAUGAGCUCGUUGGCAGCGCGCGCCCAUCCCCUCAAAGUGGGGAUCCGGGCGCGACACACUCUGGGCUCCCAUAUCUCGCGCGUCACCGUGGCCCUCUCAGGUCGUACUUGGCAAGGUAACAAGGUCAGCAUCAUCGUCUCUCUCAGCACUGUACCAGUAGGCAGCAACACCAUCAACGCAAUCGCCACC